CUAGACCUCUCAUCUCAAUAUCUUAAUACCGACUCGUCGGCCAGACAAAGUAAAAUCAUCCAUAAAAGGUAUUCCUCUCGAUUCGACCAUUCUCUCUGCGUAACCCUAUUUUCAAAAGAAAUCGCAAUCGGUAAAUUGCGUCCUGUCAAUUCUCUCAGGGUUUGAGGGAGUAGAGAUUAUUGAGGUGUAGUGUAGGCUGGGAGAAUAAUGUCCUCUGUCUCGAGUCAGCCGCAGUUCCGUCUUACCCAACCACCGUCUAAGGUGUUGCAUUUGAGAAAUUUGCCAUGGGAGUGUACUGAAGAGGAAUUAGUUGAGCUGGGGAAGCCAUUUGGUAAAGUUGUUAACACCAAGUGUAAUGUUGGGCCGAACAGAAAUCAAGCUUUUAUUGAAUUUUCGGAUUUGAAUCAAGCUAUUGCAAUGAUAUCAUAUUAUGCAUCAUCCUCGGAGCCUGCUCAAGUGCGAGGGAAGACAGUUUACUUACAGUAUUCUAACAGGCAAGAAAUAGUGAACAACAAAACAACAGCUGAUGUUGGUGGAAAUGUAUUGCUGGUUACCAUUGAAGGGGCAGAUGCACGCCUUGUCAGCAUUGAUGUUUUGCACCUGGUAUUUUCUGCUUUUGGGUUUGUUCAUAAGAUUACUACCUUUGAGAAGACAGCCGGGUUCCAGGCGUUGGUGCAAUUCUCCGAUGCUGAAACUGCCUCUUCUGCAAAAAAUGCCCUGGAUGGAAGAAACAUCCCUAGUUAUCUGCUUCCUGAACAUCUUGGGCCAUGUACUCUUAGGAUCACAUAUUCUGCGCAUACAGAUUUGAGUGUAAAAUUCCAGAGCCAUCGAAGCAGGGACUACACCAAUGCAAACCUUCCUGUUGCACCAUCAGCUAUAGAUGCAAAUGGAAUGUUUAGCGUGGGCCUUGAUGGGAAAAAACUAGAACCUGAGAGCAAUGUUCUUCUUGCUUCUAUUGAGAACAUGCAGUAUGCUGUCACUUUGGAUGUUUUACACAUGGUCUUUUCUUCUUUUGGUCCUGUUCAGAAGAUUGCCAUGUUUGAUAAGAAUGGUGGACUUCAGGCUUUAAUUCAAUACCCUGAUGUUCAGACAGCUGUUGUUGCCAAAGAAGCGUUGGAAGGACACUGCAUCUAUGAUGGAGGGUUUUGCAAACUUCACCUCUCAUACUCGCGCCAUAGUGAUCUCAGUAUAAAGGUCAAUAAUGAUAGGAGCAGAGACUACACAAUUCCCAACACUGUAAUGAUGAACCCGCAGCCUUCAAUUCUGGGGCAGCAGCCAGUUGCAACACAUGGUCCUCCUGCACAUACAUACCCUGGAGCUCAGCAUCAUCAGAUGAUGCCUCAGCCUUCUGCUGGAUGGGCCACAGGUGGUCCACCGGUACCCCAUUCUAUGCCUGCCCAAAUGAAUAAUAAUCCUUACUUGCCACCUGGAACCAUGCCACCUCAAAUGGGUCACGGAAUGAUGCAGAUGCCCAACCACGGUGGCCUGCCACAUGCUCCUGCAAUGCCUCCUUACAGACCUGGUCAUAUGCAAUAGCACGCCCUCCAUUCAGUUCUAUUAAUCUGUUUUCACAUUCAAGAAUCAGCAGAAGUGGAGCAAGCUAUUUGAAGGAGAAUGCUAUCGUUGAAAAUUAAUUGCUGGAGAUCUCACGGUUUCAAAGCUGAAGUGUCUUUAAUAUUUCUUCUCUUUCAGCGAUUUUGUAGGUGAGAUUUUGUAAACAGCAAGCUCAGGCACCUUUUGUUUGGGUCUAGGAUUGUUGUGAACUCUGGUUGUCCUUGACGGUGUUGUGAAAUAUUUCGACUCCCACCAUUUGUUUAUUACCUGGAUAAAAAGUUAAUGGACGUAAGUUAUUAUUACAAAA